AUUUAAUGAAGAACAUUGAUUAUUUUUAACAAGGAAUCCUUAGCAACACUUGACACUUUCAACAGUCACAUUAAAGCGACUCUUACAAAAGGACACUUGCAAUACAACCACUGAACAAAAGCUGGCUGUGAUGGUUGCAUGUAAUCCACCAGAUAUGUGUCAAAGAACGUGUGGUGUGGACACCACUGCUGAGGAUAAAAAAUGCAACAAACCAUCAAAGCUCUACAUCAGCUUUAGAAACAACUACCCUCAGAAAAAUGCAGCAAUCCUCAGUGGGCAGUAUGGAAUCAAUUUCUUUAUUGUUGGGCUUUUGCUAAUGAUACUGUUGGCUACCCAUAAAGGUGGAGUAAAAACAAAGCAUCUCUGUGCUUAUCUCAUUACCUUAAUGGCAGUGCAGCUGGUCUGGAUGAUUUGGUAUGUGAUCAGAAAACACAGACUGAGAAAAUUGAAAAGGGAGAAGGAUGUCCAUGCUGGAGCCUGGUGGUUGAAAUGUGGAUUGACAUUGUUUGCUGUUUUGGUAUUGAUACUGGAUGCAUUCAAAAUUGGAUAUUUUGUGGGAUAUUCUGCCUGCCUGUCUGCUGCUGAAGGGGUUUAUCCAGUUGCACAUGCAAUACACACAUUAGCACAGCUGUAUUUUCUUUGGUUUCAUGCAAAGGAUGUUAUCCACUCAUUCAAGACAUUUGAAAGAUUUGGAACUAUUCAUGCUGUGUUCACAAAUCUUCUGCUGUGGGCAAAUGGAGUCCUUUCUGAAUCAGAACACCAGUUAGAAGAAUACAAGAAAAGACUGUCUAACCUUGGCUUUACAAAUGUAACAGUCGGUACAAAGGAUCCAUACUGCAAUUGUACAACAAGUGCUUGCUCUGUGUUUGCCAAGGGUUAUUACUACCUCUAUCCAUUCUAUAUCGAAUACCAUAUUUUUGUAUCUGUAAUGCUUCUGGUUAUGUGGAAGAACAUUGGAAGAACGUUGGAACACCACAGUGGAAGAAAGCAUACAUUUAAACCACAUGGAAUUUUAUCUGGCUUUAUCACAGGAUUGAUUGCUUUAGCAAUUACCGUCGGAAUUGUUAUUGUAUAUAUAAUUCAAGUCAAUCACUCACCAAAUAAGAAAGACUUAGCAGUUACUAUGAUUUAUUCUUUUGGCAUCACACUUAUGUCACUGAUGGCUAUUGCUGAGGUUAUUGGCCUGAUGAUUUACAGAAUCGAUGUACGAUCGCUUGAUUAUUCAAAGAACCCAACAAGGAAGCUUGAUGCUGAGCUUCUAAUAAUCUCCGCAUGUGGGACUUGGCUGCUUUCAUGGAGCUCCAUCUUAGCAGUUAUAUGUGCUACAAGUCACCCGUCUUAUUCAUGGCUCAGUCUUCCAUAUUCCCUUAUAUCCAUUAUUGAAAAUUAUGUGCAGAAUACAUUUAUCAUUGAAUCAGUUCACCGUGAACACCAUGAGGACAAAGAAGACAUUCAGUUUACACAAGGAAUUUUCAGUGUCUCAAAUACAAGAAGCAUCUCAAUUGCAUCCUCCUAUGGUGUUUGCAAUGAAGCAUUUGACAACAAAACUGAAGAUCUGCCUAACAUGAUAGGGGGGUCCACAGAUAUACCAAGUGAUGAAAAAGAUAAUAAUAUACCAGAUAGUUCUGCAGCCACACUCCCAGUUGGUGAAAUUGUUCUGUCUGCUCAAAAAAAAUCAAAACUGGGAAAGAAGAGGACUAUACUCAAAAACAUUGCAGUUGCUUUGUUGCUAAGUAACAUAUCGCUUUGGAUUUUGCCAGCAUUUGGAUGUCGUCCACAAUAUGACAGUGGCUUAGAGGAAGCAGUGUAUGGCUUCGAAAACUGGGUUUCCAUCGUCAAUAUAGCAAUGCCAUUUGCUAUCUUCUAUCGAAUGCACUCAGCAGCACUUCUUUUUGAAGUAUACUGCAUAACAUAAUACGGUUGUCUCUGUCUAUUAAUGUACAUUGUUAUCGAAACCUCAAUUUUACGUAUUUUGUGUCAGGUACAAUAUUAUGAUAUUAUUUCCAACACUUUACUAUCAUGAAGUAGUUUUUAAUAUGACAAUGAAGGACUUUUGCAGCACAACUCUGAGUAGCAGAAGCCCGUAUUCACAAACGCACUUUUAAACAAAGUUAAUAUUAUAUGUAACAAAGAACUACUUAAGUGUACCAUGACAUUAUUUUUACAGCUACUUUGGAUAGAUGUGGCGCUGUGGGCACUUUAAAUCAUUUUCAUGGGGAAGUUUAAGGUAAGGAAUAGAGCUCAUAGAAAUAAUUCUCUGAAUGAAGAAGGAAAAUACUUCUGCUAAGUACCUUAUACUAUUUUCAAUGCUUGUUGGCAGUCCAGUUCCUGUUAUUCUCUAUAAAGAAAAACAAUUCACCAUUUGAAAAUUGGAGAUUGCAGGACAUAAAAGAAAUAAAAUCUAUCAGUAAGAAAACUUGGUAGUAUGUAUUUGCUGUAAUUCAUUACCAACAAUACUACCAUUACUUCUAUUCUGUUAUUAUUUGAGAAUCACCUAAAACUAACUACACAUGGGUUGUUUUAUGUGGAAUCCUGAAAAAAAUUGAUAAGCUGUUAGGCUCACAGAAAGUCGUAGAAAAAGAAACUGAAAAAUGACAGAUACAUUUUUUUGUCCUGGCUGCAGCCUUCAGCUUGACUGGCUGCAUUGCUGUCUAUCUUUGAAGUUUGAAAAACUUUAUGUAUCAGACAUGAUUUUAAGAGAUCACAUUUUCAAAACGGUAUUAUUAAAAAAGCCAAAGGAACAUACAGUGUAGCUGACCAUUUAAAUUUAAUGCGGCAGGUUCAAAACUGCUGCCCACUUUUUGUCUGUUUUGAAAUAUCUUUUAAGCAAAUACUGAUACUGGAGAAAGAGAAAAUCUGUAGUGGAAUGUAUGCAUUAUGAAUAAUGUGAAACAUACACCACUGCAAUAAAUAAUGUUAUUUAUUUAAAAGAAUAUUAUUUUUAUAUUUAUAAAAUGUAUAUUUAUAUUUGAUGAAGGAAGCACAGUAAUGUGUUUGUUUAUCUAGUGAACACAAUGUGUAUUGUUUUUAACUCGUAUUUCUAAUAAACAUAUUUAAAAGAUGGUUACUAAGCUAUGAUUUGCCACUUUACAUAGUCAUUCACAUAUUUAGUUGGCUUAAAAUACAAAUGGUUUUAAAAGAUGUCUGCAUUUCUUAACUGAAAUAAGUGAGAGACUGAACAUCUGCUGCAAAUGACAAACCAGUACUAGUUAAGACAAUCCUGUGCCUUUGAAGUAGUGCUCUUUCCUAACACCUUUCACUCUCAAUUAAAUCAUUUUAAAUUUGCAAAGUAGUUUUAUAGCAGUGUUUAUAUACAAAAGAUGUAGUUUAUAUGACUCUGUAAUAAGGCUGCCCAUAAAAUCUGACACUACAUGGAAUUUCACAGAAUAACACAACUACUCUUUUAACAAAUCACUAAUGCUAUGCUACUUUUUACAAUCAUUUAAUAACCAACAACAGAUUAAUAUGUUCAUAUGCUUCCUUCUAAAAUCUUCUUUCUUAUUUUCAGAAGCACGUAUAUCACAAGGAUAAAACAACAUGUUAUCUUAUCUUGUUUGCCAACUUUUUACUAAGAUGUUGAUUAACUAGUACCGUUUUUUUAAGUCCUGUUUUGCAUGCUGUUAUUUGCAUGGAUGACAAUUUCCGAUAGCUCAUUCUAUAAUAUCUCAUGCAUACCAUUGCCAUACCAUAAUUCAACUGCAAAGUGCAAACAUGCACAUGUAAGUAUAACAGUUCUCCUGUAGUAUGUGAUAAUAGGUGUUUGCACUGUAAGACUACAUGAUGAAUAUUAAAACUUGACAUGAAAAGGCUCAGUACCUUCCAAUGUACCAUCACAAAGUUGUUUGCGGACAAUAACUACCAAAAAUGAAAUUAAAAAUGUAUUUAGUUUUUAAAAACA